CCGCGGCGCCUGCAGACGGGCGGCUCCCGCCGGGGCCCCGACGGCGACGGUGGCGGCGGCGACGGCGGCGACGAGAGGGGCUACGAGAUCAUCAGCUUCGCCGAGCCAGAGCCCACGUCCCCCUCUGCCUUGGGGCUGCGCUUCCAGUUCAGCCGCCCGCGAGACCAGGACGUUCACAUCCUUCAGGCUCAGCUUUGGCUCUACCUUCGAGUCCCUCGAGACCCGGCGGCCGGUCUCCGGCUACGAAUCUUCCUGGUGGGUGGGGAGGGGGGUUUGGUGGGGGGGGGCAACCGCACGUUGCUGAGCGAGAGGCGCCUGGGUGCCAAGGGCAGCGGGUGGCGAGCCUUCCCCCUCCUGCCCGCCCUGCGGGGUUUUUUGGGGGGAGAAGGCAGGACCCUGCGGCUGGAACUGGAAAGCUGGGGGAAGGGGGGUGAUAUCAUGGCUCUGGUCAACGCCAGCCGAGCCCAACAGCCCUUUUUGGUGGCCAAGGCGAGGGUGAGGGAGCCGGGGCACCGCGUGGCCAAGCGCAGCCUCCGCUGCAGCCAGAACUCCAACCUCUGCUGCCGCAAGGACUACUACGUGGAUUUCCGCGACAUCGGUUGGAACGACUGGAUCAUUAAGCCCGAGGGCUACCAGAUAAACUACUGUGUGGGCCAGUGCCCUCUCCACGUGGCCGGCAGCCCCGGCAUGGCCUCUUCUUUCCACACCGCCGUCUUCAACCUGGUCAAAGCCAACAACAUCCAGGCCUCGGGGCACUCCUGCUGCGUGCCCACGCGGCGCCGGCCGCUCUCCGUCCUCUACUUCGAUCGCAAUAGCAAUAUUGUCAAGACUGACAUCCCCGACAUGAUUGUCGACGCCUGUGGCUGUAGCUAGGGGUUGGGGGAGCCACCCCCCCCUUCUCCAGGACUGUGUCUCUGGUGGGGGAUUUGGAGGGAGGGCUCCCUUGAGCUGGAGUCAGACUGUGGUGCGACGGA